AUGAGUGGAGGGCUCAAGAGCAAGGCCCUCCAAGCAUGCGAAACAUGCCGCUCGCUGAAGGUCCGCUGUCUUCCUAGCUCCCAACCUGACACGUGUCUAAAGUGUGUGAACUCCAAAAGAAUCUGUGUAUUUUUGGAGCGGCGACCACGGCCACCGCGGCAACAAAAGCCAAAGCGUAGCUCAAAAGCCCGAAUUUGUGCUCUGGAGUCGAAGGUCGAUGACCUACUUGCCUUCGCUAAUCAGUCCCAAUUGGUACGGGGGGAAGGAUCUCUCCAGCGUGAGGCGGGGACUCUGGAAAAUGGCUUGUCUAGCUAUAGUUCAUCUAGCACCGGCGAAGGAGAUUCCGCGCCCAGCAGCAGCCAUAGCAACCGCAUAAGUUUAAACCCCCUCAAUGGGCCUCAUUAUAAGUGGGAUAGCUAUCCGAAAAUCAAUGGCAUAUCCUGCCCUGAACUACUGCUUGAGUGUGGCCUGUCUAUUGAUGCUGCCGAUGGAUUUCUGGAACGGUUUCGCACCAUGUCCUCUUACUUUCCAUUUUUCAUGGUGCCUAGUCACGCCACUGUUUUGAAAAUGUGUAAAGAACAGCCUUUUGCCCUAGUGGCAGCAUUGGCAGCAGCGACUUCCUCAGAGAAGGAAGUACAAAAGUCUCUUGGUGACAAAUUUAGAACCUGCGCUCUCCACACUAUUAUGGUUCACAAUGAAAGGAGCCUAGAUCUCCUGAAUGGAGUUCUAGUAUACUUGGCCUGGUACCAGUUUUAUUAUAUUCCCAAGAAAGAACAGUUCAACCAACUACUUCAUAUCGCAAUUGGAAUGGUUGAUGACAUGGGCUUGAACCUCAGACCUGCCGAGGCAAUGAAUACGAAGAUAGGACUUCGAUUGACACAUUAUCGUAAAGUGUUGACACCUUCAGCGAACCACGAUGAAUUUUUUAGCCCAGAAGCUCGCCGAGCAUACUUGGGAUGCUUUUAUCUUUCCAGCGUUACCGGCUGGGUCAAAAGGAAGUCAAAUGGUGUCGAAUUCCAAAGCUAUAUGAUUGAAUGUGCGAGAUCGUUGGGUCAAGAAUUGGAGCAUCCGACGGAUGCAUUGCUUUUACCACUAGUCCAGCUUCAAAGCAUGGCAGAGGUGAAUCACUGCAGUAUUUCAGCUAUCGAUAACACUAUACGUGACCACAUGAACGGCCUGGAUCUUGAAAUGAAGGUUCAAUCCUUUCAGGCUGAAUUUAAGCAGUGGAAAGAAUCGCUUCCACUCGUAUGCCAGCAAGACAAUGAGAUGAACCUGGCUUGUGAAGUCGCUGUAAUGCAUGUGUACGAGAUGGACCUCGUCAAUAUCUCUGCAGCAAAAAUGAGACCAAAGACGGAUUCUUUGAGAGAUUCUACAAGCUCAUCUUUUGCGUCUCAAACUCGAUUGGAAGUGCUCUUUCUCUGUUUGAAAUCGGCAGGGCAGCUCGCUCAGAAUUUUCUCUCCGUCCCAACAUCUGAAUACGGCAGUCUCUCUUACAUACAGUGGUCUGGCAUAAUAUAUGCCAUCAGCCUCAUUUAUAGGCUGACAGUCGGGAUUUCCCAGCUUCCUGAUUGGGAUGUUCGAGUUGCAAGAAAGACCAUUGACUUUGGUUAUAUUUUAGAUGAACUCUGCAGUCGUUUCAACGGUGUAUCGCUUUGUGAUCCCGCCAUAUUGGAGGACGGAUAUCUAUUCUCGGUGAUGGGCCCAAUCUUUGAAAACAUCAAGCAGACCUACAGCAGACUCAAGCAACUGCCACAGGAUGCUAGUGCAGACGAUACCGGCCCAGUUCAUGCCACUAGCUUUUUAACCUCUACCCUCGAAUACCCACAUCCGUGCGCUGCAUUCCGGCCCUAA